AUGGACUCCUGCAAGCGUUUGAAUGCUCACGACAAUGAACUAAUUGAUCCGGUAGUAGUUUUCUUGGAGAAAAAACUUGCCAGUGUACGAAAAGCAUGGACUGAACUUAACUCCCAGAAAGACAGUCUUGUGAAGUCAAGGCAAAAUCAGGCUGCCUGUAAAGUGAUGCUCAACUGGGGACAUAGCGCCGUGACCGACGAGCUGGGUCUUCAGGCGUUUUACACCCUGAUCAAGGCCAAACAGGCUAUUGAUGCAACCUCCGCCGAGAAGGAAGAGUCCUUCGAGAGUCUGGGAAGGCAAGUGAUGAUUUUGCUGCAAAGGUGCCACCGGCUUCUCCUUGCGGCAAACAGCGUAUGGUGGGAAACGAAUGCUUUUGAUGUAAAGAUAUACGAGUUAAUGGUAAGAACAACUAUUAAAGAGGCAGACAAUCUUGCGCGCACUGUAAAGGCCUGCGAAGAGGAUGACUAUAACUACCUGAUAAUUUCUCCUGAAUUUAAACAGGUGAGCUAG